CAAAGAAGUGACCUCUGAAAUCCAACAAAAACUUGUCGCUACAUAUGGAAAAAAAACAGUGGAAACCAAACCAAAUACUGACAACUGACAAGCCAAAAGCAAAGAUCUUACCAUCUUAAAACAUAAACCACAUCAGUUGUCCACCAAGUAGGCCCCCAUUUUUUAAUUAUACUAUUGCUUAGAAGCAAUCCACCCUUUCCAUCUUGCCAAAACUUCCGCGUUUUCCACCAUUGCCGUUGAAUAGAAGAAACUAAACCCCAAAUCUCUCCUAUGCCUUCAGAUUCUUUCUUUGGAUUUCUGAGGGAUUUAUGAUCAAUUGUCUGGGAUUUUGCAGUGAAGGGUAUUCUUACUUGCAGCAAUUCUGUACUGUCAGCAUCCAAUUUGCACGGUUUGGUAGAUUAUUGUGAAUUUUCUCUCCAGAUGUUGUUCGAAAUAGCAUAAAUUGAAUUAGGCGUUGCGGCUGUGAGAAGGGCUGGGUUUUGUAUUGUGUAGUGAAAGAUGAAGCGCGUUUCGCCGCUCUUUUUGGUACUUUUAGUCCUUGGAUUCUUCUUUGCAACAUAUAAUUUGUUGACUAUGAUAAUACACUAUAAGACAUCUACUUCAGAGCAAUGGGAUUUGUCCAAUCCUUUUAUACAAAUGCCUGGGAAUUUGAUGGAAGGUGGGGGUUCUAAAAAGUACCACGUUGCUCUCACGGCAACGGAUGCUCCGUAUAGCCAAUGGCAGUGUCGAAUUAUGUAUUAUUGGUAUAAGAAGGUAAAAGAGAUGCCUGGAUCAGAUAUGGGAAAAUUCACUCGAAUUUUGCAUUCAGGGAAGCCCGACAAUUUGAUGGAGGAGAUUCCAACUUUUGUUGUUGAUCCUCUUCCACAGGGUUUAGAUCGGGGUUACAUUGUCUUAAAUAGACCAUGGGCUUUUGUGCAAUGGCUGGAAAAAGCAAUGAUUGACGAAGAAUACAUUCUAAUGGCUGAACCUGACCAUGUAUUUGUAAAUCCUUUGCCUAACUUGGCUCGUGGAAAACAUCCAGCAGGGUUUCCUUUCUUUUACAUUAAGCCGUCUGACCACGAGCAUGUUAUUAGGAAGUAUUAUCCUGAGGAGAAGGGCCCUGUGAAGAAUAUCGAUCCAAUUGGCAAUUCUCCUGUGAUUAUUAGAACGUCUGUGCUGGAGAAAAUUGCACCUACAUGGAUGAAUAUUUCUUUGAGGAUGAAAGAUGACCCAGUGACUGACAAAGCAUUUGGAUGGGUGCUAGAAAUGUAUGCAUAUGCUGUGGCAUCUGCACUGCAUGACGUGCACCACAUACUUCAUAAAGACUUCAUGCUCCAGCCACCAUGGGAUACGGAAGUAGGGAAGAAGUUUAUAAUCCAUUAUACUUACGGAUGUGACUACAAUUUGAAGGGAGAAUUAACGUAUGGAAAGAUUGGAGAAUGGCGUUUCGAUAAGAGAUCGUACCUUAGUGGGCCUCCUCCAAGGAACCUCUCUUUGCCCCCUCCAGGUGUUCCUGAAAGUGUGGUGAGACUUGUGAAGAUGGUGAACGAAGCUACAGAGAAUAUUCCCAAUUGGGAUACACUAAAUCGUGGCUGAGAUCUGAUCUUACUAAUCUGCGCAUCCAUUUUGACGCUGGUAUCAAUCUGCUUUCCAACUAGAGUUAUGGACAUGAAAUACAGAGGUAGCUGAGACAGCAGUAUACAUAGAGAAAAGGGUAUGUUUACAAGUUAAAGGAGGGAUAUAUCAUUUUUUUACACUUAUAUUUAUAAUCAUGAAAUGCCUUCUUUCAUGUUAAGUAUGAUGUUGAUUUAUCGAAUUUUUUCUUGUGAAGUUUUUCGGACUGUAAAUCAAUCAUUGGGGUUGGUGUUGAAAACCUUUUUGGUUGAUGAAUGAAGCAUGGCAAUGCUUCUCUGUUUUUUAGCCUUUGCCACUUUGGAGUGUUGGGAUAACUAAGUUGCACCUGCAGUAUCUAUUUCAAUAGUCUAAA